AUGCACCUCCUGCCCCGCGAAAGGGACAAGCUUCUCCUCUCUCAGGCCGGCUCACUAGCACAGCGACGCCUCGCUCGCGGCGUCAGGCUCAAUGUGGCCGAAGCGACGGCUCUCGUUGCCUCUGUCCUCCAGGAGCGCAUACGGGAUGGCACCCAUUCCGUUGCCGACCUGAUGCAAUUGGGCAAGACGAUGCUGGGUACACGGCAUGUUCAGUCAGGCGUAGCGACGCUCUUCCACGAAGUCAUGGUAGAAGGUACCUUUCCUGACGGAACAUUCUUAGUGACUGUGCACGACCCCGUCUGUACAGAGAAGGGCGAUCUAAGGGAGGCACUGUACGGGUCCUUCCUCCCCAUUCCAAGCGACGACCUCUUUGGACCUGAGCCAGAGCCGCUGGAACAUCUCCCGGGAGCAGUCGUCACUGUACGCAAAGCUGCGGAUAUCACCCUCUGCCCGGACAGGAAGCGCGUCACGCUACGAGUAACAAACACGGGGGAUCGGCCGAUCCAAGUUGGGUCGCACUAUCCCUUCGUCGAAACCAACCCGGCCCUUUCCUUCCCUCGUCUUUCUGCCAUUGGUAUGCGCCUGGACAUCGCUGCCGGUACAGCCGUGCGGUUUGAGCCGGGAGACGUCAAGUCGGUCAGCCUCGUCAGUAUUGGCGGGCAGAAGCGACUCGCACAGGCGGGCAACUGCAUUGCGAAAGGCCUCGUCGCCGAUCUCACCUCUCAGGGCUCCCAUGACGAGAUACUGCAACGUUUGCAGGCCGGCAAGUUCUGCAACGAGCCCUCGCCGUCUGCUCCCCUCCCCGCGCCGCCAGCAUACACGCUCAGCCGCCCAGCCUAUGCGGCCCUCUACGGCCCCACGACCGGUGAUCGUGUCCGACUGGCGGAUACGGACUUGUGGGUCGAGGUGGAGCGCGACUUCACGUCGUACGGAGACGAGUGCAUGUUCGGGGGAGGCAAGGUGCUCAGAGAUGGAAUGGGCCAGGCAACGGGGAGGAGCGACGAAGAGACUUUGGAUGUAGUGAUCAUCAAUGCGCUGAUCUUGGACUGGUGGGGAGUGGUCAAGGCGGAUGUGGGAAUCAAGGAAGGGCGCAUUGUGGGAGUGGGUAAAGCGGGGAAUCCAGACAUCAUGGACAGGGUGACGCCAGGCAUGAUCAUCGGCUCCUGUACUGAGGUCAUCGCAGCUCAAAAUCAGAUCCUGACCGCAGGCGCCAUCGACGCCCACGUGCACUACAUCUGCCCGGACUUAUGCGAGGAAGCCCUCUCCACGGGCAUCACCACACUCAUCGGCGGUGGGACGGGCCCCACAUCGGGUACAUCCGCCACGACCUGUACCCCUGGGCUCGACAAUGUCCGCUUCAUGAUGAGAGCGACGGAUGAUGUGCCGCUCAACUUUGCGUUCACGGGCAAGGGUAACGAUUCGGCGCGACAGGGGUUGGUGGACCAAGUCAAGGCGGGUUGCGCGGGAUUGAAGUUGCAUGAGGACUGGGGAACGACUCCGGCGACGAUUGACAGCUGCCUCACCGUCUGUGACGAGUUUGACGUGCAGUGCAAUAUUCACACGGACACCCUCAAUGAGUCCUCCUUCGUCGAAGGCACCAUCUCCGCCUUCCGAGGCCGCACAAUCCACACAUACCACUCCGAAGGGGCAGGGGGAGGUCAUGCCCCCGAUAUCAUCACGGUUUGCUCAGUCCCCAAUGUCCUCCCCUCGUCGACCAACCCUACCCGGCCCUACACGGCCAACACCCUCGACGAGCACCUCGACAUGCUCAUGGUCUGCCACCACCUCUCGCGCGACAUCGCAGAGGACGUCUCCUUUGCCGACUCUCGCAUCCGAGCAGAGACCGUAGCGGCAGAGGAUGUGCUGCAGGACCAGGGGGCUAUUAGCAUGAUCUCGAGUGAUUCGCAGGCUAUGGGCAGGAUUGGGGAGGUGGUCAGCAGGACAUGGAGAACGGCGGCCAAGAUGAGGAGCAUGACGGGGCCCCUUGAGACGGAGGGGGAUGAAGCCGGGGAGACGGCGAGUGCGCCGAGCAAAGACAAUGAGAGAGCGAAGCGGUACGUGGCCAAGUACACGAUCAACCCGGCAAUCGUGCACGGCCUUUCCCACGUUGUUGGAUCGGUCGAGGUGGGCAAGCUGGCCGACCUGGUGCUCUACAAGCCGGCCCACUUUGGCACUAAGCCAGAGAUGGUGCUGAAGGGCGGGCAAGUAGCUUGGGCGCAGAUGGGUGACGCGAAUGCCUCGAUCCCGACUGUGCAGCCCAUGUAUGGCCGCAAAAUGUACGGCGCCCUACCCAAGGCGGCACACCACAACUCGUUCUGCUUCGUAUCGAAGGUGUCCAUCGACGAAGGGAUCGUGGGGGCCUACGGACUCAACAAACGGGUGGAAGCGGUAAGAGGGUGUAGAGGAAUCACGAAGAGGGAUAUGAAGCUCAAUACAGCUCUGCCGAAGAUCGAGGUCGAUCCGGAGACGUAUGAGGUGAAGGCGGACGGGAGGAUAUGCACCGUCGAGGCAGCGACGAAGCUGCCUAUGACGCAGGCCAGUCACUUCUUUUAAUCGAGCGGGGGACGAGAUGAAGCAGUGGAUCGAAUUGUCGGUAUGUCCUGCCAAUAACAUCGCAUCAGCAUCAAGCCUACCAUGCCUGCCUGCCUUCCGCCUGCCUUCACACCCUCCGCGGUCCAUCGAGCGCACGUCACGCUCACUGCCCCUCCCUCUCGCCCUUGGGCUUCAGCACAACGUGGCAGCUCCUGUGCUGCACCAGGUACGAUGAGCUCGCCGGGCUACCGUCCUCUCCAGGGUUGCGCUGGAUCCUGAAAUCAGCCUCAACCUGCAUCAAGGUGCCCUUGGGAAUGGCCGUGAGACGCUGAACGGCUUGCUCGCCAAACCCAAAGAU